CGCAACAUGUUCUGUGUUUAGGGAAAUGAAUCUGCGGUUGUGAAAUUCUGCGCAGCAUCUUCAGCCUGAAAGUUGUGAUUUAGUCAGAAAUCCGCUAUUCUGCUUUUUUUUGACAUUUACCUCAUGCAAUCGAUCAUCAAAGCUUCUAUAACCCGUAUGAUCUGCUGAAUGAAUGAACUGUCAUUCUGGACAAAAGCAGCUCUCGGUCAUUAUUUUGCACUUUUGUAAAGCAGCUGACAUGUGGAAAUGGGAGAUCUCGAGUGUCAUUGGUAUCUUCAGUCUGGCGCUUUUUCUCAUAGCAGUGUGUUAUAUUUUAUACUCUGGACUGACCACUGAAAUUCACAUUAAGACUGGCUUGCCCCCAGUCAGGGGCAUCACUAUAGCUUACAAAUAUAAAGUGGGACUUUAUAAGGACUGUGGAUCACUGUUUAAAGAGAGCUCCAGUAUUGGGCCUAAUAUGUCAUGCAUUGGGAUCUUCUAUGAUGAUCCAAAGAAGGUUCCCCGACAGAAGUGUCGCUACGCGGUGGGCAGUGUUUUAAGUGAAGGUGAUGAGAGACCCAAUGAGGAACAGAAGGAACUAUAUGAGAAGCACGGCUUCUGGGUUUUCUCUUUCCCAGAGGUCACGCAUGUUGUCACAGCUUCCUUCCCUCACCGAACGCCACUCUCUAUUUUCCUGGGAGUGCAGAGGGUCUAUCCGCAACUCAACUCCUACAUCAGGGAAAGGAAAUUGUGCGCACAUCCAUUUCUGGAGAUUUACAAAGGGGGAGUGAUCCACUACAUGAGUCCACUGGCCCGGCAGGGAGAUUUCUAUGUUCCCGAGGUCAGAGAGCCACAGAGAUGGUUACUGGGAGAAGAGUCGGAAGAAGAUGGAAGGACGGACCUCACGGGUGCCGACUCCCACAGCGAGCGCAGUUCCAUGAGCCGCCUACCUCCCUCGGAAAGUCGAGACACUUCACCUGCUCCGUCCAGCACGCCGACUCGCUCCCAGGGAGACAGACAGUGGGAUUACGAGCGAGAUUUCGACCACGCGGAGAGAAGCGAGUCCUCCAGCGUCUCCUCCUUCGAGGAGCUGGACAUCGAGUCAGACAGGACGGUGAGGUGUGACCACACCCCUCCACCCCUCACAGGACGCAGCAAAAACAACCCGCAGGGUCAGGAGAGAGAGAUGAUGGUUGAGGAAGAGUAAAUGAAAGGAAUUCUGGGAAAUGUGAGGAAAAUAAGGAAAUGAAAAUUCUUCAUUUUUUCUUUAAAGCCAAUAUUGAUUCAAUUUCCUCACAUUUUUCAGAAUUCCUUUUUUAAACAAUUGACAAAUAUAAAAUUGUUUGGACGGGAUUUCUGUCUAUUCUAAAGGGAAUUAGUAGGUGCACAAUGGUGCCUCUAUAUAACAAAAACAAGUCAGGUAACCUGAAUAUCUUGAAAAGCAUAACGAUAUUUAGGGCUCUUUAGUAUCGCAUUGGUGAAUGUAUUGUUUGUUUGUUAACAGAUUGUUAAUUCCUAACGACAGACGUUAAACGGCGUUCUUUUAUAGCCGAAUGUGUUGUAAUUACUUUUGUAAACGUUUUGUAAUGUUCUGCUUUCAAUUAUUUACCCCUAAGCCUGAUUUAUUAUUUCAAUUCCUCGCAUUCAAUCUUCAUCCUUCAGUAAUCACUAAUUUGCACCCAAAGAAAGAUUUGUGUGACUUGAAUAUUAAUUCAUCAAAGCCAUACGUUCGUAGACAAAUGAAAUCUCUAUUUGCACCAGAAACUGACAGGUAAUAUUGCUGUACGAGAAGAUAACACUUCUAACACUUGUUUAUUGUUUGCAUUUGAAGGUGUUUGAAGCACAUACUUGUCUUAUGUGCUGUCUGGUCAUAUUCGAUCACCUAAAUGGCAUUUCCAUAGAUUUUUCUCAGAUAAAACAAAUGCACUUGAUCAGUGUAUUAUUCUUUUGAAUUGGUAUUUUCGUUAUGCUGAAUGUUGAUACAUUUCUAGUGUGAUUUUAGUGGGUUCCUCACAAUGUGUUUUGUUAGAUGAUGUCCGAUGAUGUGCUGAAGUAUUGAUGUUCAAAUGUUUUCUCUUUUAUUCGUGGUUUUCAUUCACACCUGACAUACUUGAUACCUUUGUAUUUUUUAUAAAGUUUAGAAUGUCUUAUUUUAAUUUUUAUGAUUUGUUCUGCUAGUUGUUGAUCAACUUAAUAAAGAGUUUUGAC